AUGACUAUAGCCGAUAAACAAUCGCUGUCAACAAUGAGAGAAUGCGAGGAUGAUGUCGAAAAUGAAAAUCCCGAAGAGCAUCAAGAAGCGCAAGAGAAAGUUCCACCAAAAGCAUCCUACUCGGCGCCCGGGGGAUUCACUCUAUACUUGGUCGAAAUGUUCAAUCUCUUCCAUAAGGAUUCAACGCUUUCGGAAAAAUUGAGUCAAUUAGCCGAGGCGAAUGGUUACGUACAUUCGAUGAACGAAGAUGGUUCGUUAAGUAGAGUGCGAUUGCUUAGACAUUAUUACAACCUUCUUGAUGUCGAAAAAAGGAAUCAAUUUGAGCUACAGGCCCGGGAAAACAUUUCCCGCCAAAGGCAUCUUCAUCGGCACCCAAAACGAAGACGGCGAGAAUCAGAAGAUCCUGAAGAACCUUUGUUUCAACCGGAUCUGCAAAAGGUGGAGUCGGAAGCGCGGAGGAAUACCUACUCGGAAAUCACUUUUUCAACAGAAACCGAACAUAGACUCACGCUGGCAAAAAAGGCUAUGGAGAAUCGAGGGUGUCCCCUUUGCGUAUUUUCGUUCGCCGAAGGGGAGAAAAUGCUAAUGUUUCCACAAUUCUCCAUCCCGCAUCUCUUGCAACACUCGCAUGCGACUCUUUAUGGAUGUCACUUUUGCUUGCAGGCUUAUGCAAGUUUCGUUUCUUUGAAUACCCACAAAUGUGAUCGAUUCGAAGUUUGGAAAAAUGAGGAGCGUCACUAUAGCAAGUACCAAAUGGAGGCGGCUCAGGUAUUUUUGGCUUGUUCUGAUUGUGGUGCUCAUGUCUAUUGUGAUCCGAUUGAUCUUCAACAAUCUAUGUCUUUUAUUGAAAAACAUCAAAUCACCCGACUUGUUCCGCUUGUUGUCUACUUUGCAGAUGAAAAGAUCAAUGAAAACGGAAACAUCUCAUUCAAAUACACACCCUCGUAUGCUCGCGAGUUUUUUGUUUCAUGUGAGAAAUGUAAAAUUACAUCAUUUGCAACUGGAGAACAUGCGGACAUUCAUUUUUCUGAUCCUACAAAGCAUCCAGAGAUUCGGAUAAGUGAAUGCGGAAAGUGCAAAACCUCCUUGCCUCACAGAACUUCAUACAGGAAACAUCUUCUUAGCUGCUAUUUUCACGACAAUGUCUCGAAGAAUUCCAUUCUCGUUGCAGAUUAUCUUAGCACUACGGCUACAAUUACGGGUGACAAAGAUGGGUUCAGGGUUGGAAUGAAUAGUGGCUUAUCAGUUAAUGCUUCGAUUCAGGAACGAGCACCACCUGCUAUCGAAUUUGUAAACGGUCAACAAUCGCUAGCGGUCGAGAGAGUGAAAGCGAAGAACAAAAGGGCUCGAGCACGACAAGAUACACCAUCCACUUCAAUGGCCUCACAACCAGAAUUGGGUCAUGAGGAAAUAGCAGAAGAACCUCAUUCUUUGGAUGUUUGGAUCAAGAGUGAUGCGCAAAAAUCGUUCAUUCGAAAAACAAUCGGAAAUACGGAUCCAGAACUAGCAGUCGAUCUUCGUAUCCAGAGAAAGAGGCGCAAAUCGACUGCAUUGAAUGAUGACGAUAUUAAAAAUGUUCAAAACCAGAAAUCAGUGCUUUACAAUGUCUCAAUCAAAAAUCACUUGGCUCGAUAUGAAGAGACCGUUUUUCUCACCAAGAAGUCUUAUGAUCCAACCUCUAUUGUCACAGAUCCGUUGGAUAAGGUUCAUCUUUGUUUGGUUUGUUAUCAUUUUGUGUUGGGAGAGAAAGGUUUCUUGAAACACAUGAAGACGUGCCAACCAGGAGUCGAUCCAUUUGAGACAAUAACGGUGUCUACCCUUCGAUCGAGGGGUCUUCGAUACAUAAAUCAGUCUCCAUUCCAUUGUUGUGAGUGUGAUUUCUUUGGAUGUUCUCUGCUUUCACUGAGAGUUCAUCUUGCCACCAAACAUCAAAUCGGAACACAUUCAUUGCUUCAAGACGAAACUCACGUCGCUGAGAUGACAGUUAGUGAACGAUUCAAUAAGGAGCUUAACCUAGUGAACGGUUUUCUUCCUCGUCGAGUAAUGGAUAGAGCUGCGCCGGCACUAGAUGCCAUUAUAGCUUCUCAAGUUGAGAAGAUUGUACUGUCUGAUUCCGAUGUUGAGGACACUGUCGGAAUUGAGGAUCUUGAUCAAUUAACAACCGCACCCCUAUCAUCAAGUCCACAAGUUGUUGUUGACGGGACAUCGAUGGAUGUUGAGACUGAACGAUCGAUUGUCAAGAAGCAAAACGUUACAAAUGAUGUUCUUGCAAAGACGACCACUCCACCAAUCAAGAACCAUCAGGAAAAGGACGACCUCCUAUGCUUACUGUGCUCGGCAAGGAUAAUGGGUGGCGUGGAGAAUCUAGAGAAGCAUUACAGCUCUCAUCGAGAGUCAGCCUGGAAUACCUGUCAUCUUUGUCCGCCAUCCAAUCAACGUCAUUUUGCCAAACUCGAUCUUCUUCUUUACCACAUCUUGGAAUCUCAUUGUCGAGUUCCUGAAGUCACAAUCGAAAAUCGGAACGAAAAAGUAACAUGCAUUUUCUGUCCUGCUCUAUGCAAUUACAGUGGAAUUGUUUCACACAUUCUUUACUAUUGUUCCGAGGUUCCUUGCUGUCUUUUGUGUGGCCAAGAAAAUAUAGCUCCUGAUAGAAGCAAAUGGAUCAUAAAUCAUCGUCAACUGAAACAUGACGCACCUUGUGGAAAAAUUUGCCAAAACAGAUUCAUUUGUAAUCAUUGUGACAUAACGAUGCGAGCUUUGACUCAAGCGGAAAGGCAUCGCUGUCCACCAAAAGACAAACCCAAACCGACCACAUAUUAUCGCUGUGAAUGUGGAGAGAUUGAUGUAUUCAGUCAAAAACAAUUUAUGAAUCACUUUUUGAUGAUUCACUUUGAUACAAACGCACAGUGUCAUCUUUGCCAUACUCAAUUGGUUACUUCGCAACACGCGGAACUGCAUAGGCUUGUCGACAUUUUGGAAAAACACACAGACGGACAGCGACGGAUUGUUGUUUUGGAUGAACGAUUAAUGGAAAAUGUUCGACUUGGGCCUGAUUUUAAGUGGUGUUCACUACAGGAACUUAAUCAGAUGAUACCAAAAGCUCUUUUGGAUCAACAUCAACAGCGUCAAACUCUUGAAAUUGAAAAGAGAAAACGGGAGGAGCAAGUGAAAAGACAAGUGCAACAAGCGACUGAACAAAUUCUCCAAUCAACCCGAAACCUUCCAGAGAGUCAAAGAAAGACUUCGACAAAUGAAAAGCGAAUGAUGAGCACUGUAGCUGAACCUGUACUGCCCCAAAACAGAACAAUCACACCACCUUCUACUUCUCAAAUAUCGCUGUUGAGAUCUUCUCACUCUGGUUCACCGUUUAAACAUCCGGAAACAGUCACAACUCAAAGACCUACUCAAAUUCUUAUUCCCAUCGAUUUUCCUCCUCCUCCAUCAGUGAUCUUUAUGGGCGUGGUUCAUGCAGAUACUGUGCCAAUAAACAUCGAACCACCGCCAUCUGUGCAAUGUCUGAGUGAUCCAGUCUUCCUACCGACAAGAACAGUCGCGGCAGCCGCUCGUGUUGAGAAUUCUUCAACGGUUACAAUAUGGGAUCAACCACCGCCAUCUGUGCAAUGUCUGAGUGAUCCAGUCUUCCUACCGACAAGAACAGUCGCGGCAGCCGCUCGUGUUGAGAAUUCUUCAACGGUUACAAUAUGGGAUCAACCACCGCCAUCUGUGCAAUGUCUGAGUGAUCCAGUCUUCCUACCGACAAGAACAGUCGCGGCAGCCGCUCGUGUUGAGAAUUCUUCAACGGUUACAAUUUGCGAUCAUCCAACGACAUCCCGCGAUGACUCUUCACCACAGUUAGUGGCAACAGUUCGUGAAGAAAUCGCACAAAAAGGAGCCAAUGUUCAGUCAUCAAUUCCCGAUGAUGGAGAAGAUGAUAUCAUUUUUGUGGAUUCAACCGAAACAAAUAAACCCGAGGAGAGAGCAAAUUUUGUCCAAGAAGAGGAUGAAGAGUGCAUGAUUGAAGACAUCGUUCCAAUAUCAAGUUCUGAAGUAAAAGGAGGAAGAGAAAGAAAAAUUCAAUGUCCAAAAUGCUCAAAGAAAUUUUUCACAAAAGGAAGCUGCGAAGUACAUAUGAAUCAUGAUCAUCGAGUUGAUAAAGGAAGUGAAACGACUGUGAAAGGGACCUACGGCCUACCACAUGAUGAAAGGAAAAGAUUUUACAUUUGUGUCAUGUGUUCGAUUAUCUACGAUGAUCCGAUGUUUUUCAGAAAGCACAUGGGCGAAACACAUGGAAACUGUCCUCCCAUUGUGUGCCCGUUGUGUUCUUGUGCGGGAUUCAAUCAGAAAAGCUCGGAAGCACAUUGGAAAUUACAUGAGAGAUAUGCAGCAGCAUCUGGAGUUCCCAACAUGUGUGUCGAACAUGAUUUUGUGUUUGGAAAAGAUAUCGAGUUGAUGUUUCACGCCAAUUUGAUGCACGAUGCUAAACUCUUAUUCUUCUGUAAAAAAUGUUUCUUGGCCUCGUUGGAUGGGUCUGUGAUCGUACUUCAUUUGAAAAUUUGCAAAGCCGCGAAACGACCAAAUGAAACCUUCCCACCAUCGAUAAAUCUCGAAGGAGAACAAGCAUUGGGGGUCAUUUCGGUAAACACUGUCAACUAUCAACCGGCUGAUGAAAAUGCAUGGAUAAAGAUUCUCGCUUCUCCAAAUCCGCCUUCGACCGCCAUUCCCUCCCAAUGUAAUCACAAAACGCUGCUCGCCGACAAAUAUCCAUUUGUUUUAUGUUCGGAUAGAAAUUGCAACACUUGGUACAUUCAACAAGCUUACACGGGCACAUUCGAAGAUCAGACGGAAAAAGUGGAAGCGUUGAUGGCAAGAGGGAGAACUAUCAUUCAAAAUCCCUGGUCAAUUUUGAAUAGAGUGGGGAUGCGAAAUCCACAAAAUCUACCGUUCUAUGUUCGGUUGAAAGCGGCACAGGGUGAAUCAACGAUGAGAGUUCCUCUUCAGCCCCCCACGGCAGCGCAAGGUCUUCAGACUCACCGGCUCGAACGUCAACAGUGUCAAAGAGAGUUUACGCCAUCGAGCUCUGGGUUUUCUUCGUGCCAAAGCUUGAGUACACCUUUGCCACCUCAAAACCGACAAGUUCAACCGCCCACUGUUCGAAUACAACAAGUGCAGCAGACUCUACAAACACCAUGUGCGAAAAUUGUGAUUCCAAAGAGUAAUUUUGAGACUACUGUAAAAGAACCCGAAUAUCCAUAUUACGAGUUCAUCUUGGGAAAUAAAUGGCAAAAGAAGCGAGACGGAUUGCAUUGUGUUGUGUGCGGAUUUCAGACUCGAAACAUGUUCCACGUUUCAGAUGAUACUUAUCAACUAUGGAGGAAUUACAUCAAGAAAUUUUGUGAUGAAUGUGUUGAGGCUGAGAAAACACAAAAGAGACAGAUUCAACUUAUGUUUGAACUUCGAUGGAAAUUAAUGGGAGAAGAUGGACGAAAAAGAUAUGCCUGUUAUUGCCACGCAACUCCCCCUGGACUUUUCCCAGCCGCCACAAUCAGUCCAAAAUCACAGGAAAACUUUGAUCUGGCUCUCUCUACUUGUCUUGUUUGUGGAAGUCUGAAGAAAAGACAAUUAAUGCCUUUGCCUGGAGUGGAAGCUCUGAAUUGGCGUGCUUUUUUUAUGGUGGCUUUGGUGAAUGAACAUCAUCUUGAUCCGGACACAUUCAGAUGGAAUGUUGCGAUGUCUCCACUGGCUAUGUUUUGCCCUGCACAUGUGACAAUGAAGAUGCAUGAAGAAAUGGGGCUUUUAGCUCGAAAGCAACAACAAAAAGCGGCAUAUGAAGCACAAGCUGGUCCCUCAAACCAAUCUAGAGAACAACCUCAACGCCCACAAGUUGCUCAACAACGGUUUGCGGUAUAUGUUCCCCAACAACAGGUACCACCCCAACCACGACCACAGCAACUCCAACCUCCAAGGGCUCAUCGCUAUCCAAACUUUGCCACAAGUUCGAGGGCCUUCCCUGCUGUAACUCCAGCUCCUCCCAGUCCUGUAAAUGCUCCAAUAACGAGCACUCCUAAUGUUAUGAAUCCACACUUGAUGAACAUGGUUGCAAUGAAUCAACGUUCAACACAGAUGGCGGCUCAAAUGCAACUAAUGGGCCAACCUCAUUCGAGUCACAUUUUUGGAAUGCCCCAUCCUCAUCCACCGUUUCAUCCGUUUCCGAUGGGAAUUCCUCCAGGGAUGGCUCAAGUUCAAGGAUUAAUACCUGACCAGAGGAUUUCUGCAGUGCAUGGGAUUCCUCCACCAGAUAUACCCAUUCGCACACGACCGAUCAUGACACCGAAUUUUUCAAAUUUAUUGCCUCAACAAGGACAGCGUCCUCAACAAAAUAAUCCACUACAAAAACAACCUCAAGGCGCUUAUCCAACAACACCCACUGGUGGCUAUGCUGAACGAAUUCCAUCUGGUGAAAUGCAACCACAAAGAAUGCCUCUCCAGCCUGGGCCCAGCAGAAUGCCAGAAAAUGGGGUUCUGCCUUCCAAGCCUGCUCAAGCUCAACCGCAACAAGCUGUGAGAGUAAUCUGUGAGCUUUGUAAAAUGGAAGUUAAAACGGAUGCUGACCAAAUGUUCCACAAAAUGAUCCAUCGAACGAAAAACAAAUACUUCUGCUUGGAAUGUAAUAAGCCGGUUUCCGGGAACGAAGAACAAGAUCUUGUUCAACAUAUGCUUGAACAUACAAACAAUACAUCGCACUUUGAGCUUAGUUGUCCGUUUCCGGCGUGCCUGGAGACAAAUUUGAAUUCGUCAUUGAGCUUGAAGAUACAUCUCAUCACAGUGCACGCCAAACAACUCCCACACCAAGCGCUAUGUGGUAUGAAAUUUGCGGCAAAUGAGGCCAUUCCAACGCACGACAACGAACAUAAAAGAAAUGGAGAUGACCGUUGUUGCAGAUUAUGCUUAACGAUAAAUUGUUGGGCCAAAGUAGAAACUGGCAUUCCUAACUAUACCCAUGAGCUCAUUCAUGGAAUUAUUCGCAUUCUGAGAUGUCGAAUUUGUGGAGAAGAAAUGAAAGGGCCCAAUCAGAACAAAGCUUUGCUUCGACAUUGGGUCAACAAACACACUGCAAGAAGUUCUAAUGCUCCAAAUUCAACGUGCACGGGCUGUCAAAAGUCGGUUUCUCUUGGGGAAAGCGAGGCUCAUCUCAAAGAACACAUGGCCUUUAUGGUCUCAGCUUCAACUCGAGGACGGAACAAUGCUCCAAUGCUAAUUGUGAAAACUUGUAAUAAAAUGGCAAGAUUGUUGGGAAUUCAGGAGGCCAACAGUGACCCUAAUCAAGUAUUUUACGAAGAUGAA